CAGUGUCGGCCGGGGUCCUUGCGCCCCGGCCCCGGUGCGAGGUGGCUCGAGCGCGGCCUCGAAAAGGACAACGGAGCGCAGCUCCUAACGCCGAGGGAGUGCAGCUGGCGUGAGAGACGGGGGGCCCCUGGCGGCAGGGAGAGGCGCCCCCUCUGUAUGGGCCUGCUGCUGUCUCGGCCCGCGGCACUGCUGAAGAGCAGGAAGGAAGCGAGGCUUCGCGCACCGGCUCCAAGACCCGGCCUCGCAGACCCCUACUGCCGCGGUCCCAGGUCAUGUUGUGGUGGCUUCGUGCCGUGUCCGGCACCGCUGGGCGAAUCUGAAUCGGAGGAGGAGGGAGCGAGCGGAGAGCCCUGCGCCGCGCACGCAGAGAUGCCGCUGGCGGGCGGCAAGCGCAAGUGCAACUCCACCAGCAACAGCAACGGUGGGGAUGACCCUGGCUCGCUGCCCUCCAGCAAGUUGCCCUGCCUCAGCCCGGCCCCCGGCGAUGGAGUGGGACCGGCCGGUGACGGCCACGUCGCUGCGGCAACGGUUCCCACGGAAGCGGCCAACAUCAAUCGUCUACCCUCAUCGAUCCUCCUCAAGGUGCUGUCAUACCUGUCGCUGAUGGAGCGCUGCCUGGCCGCCUCGCUCGUGUGUCGCCUCUGGCGGGAGCUGUGCUCCGACCCCGAGCUGUGGCGGCGUCUCGACCUCAGUGGCCGUCAGAAGGUGACGGACGAGGUGCUGGCUCACGUGACGUCGCUGAGCCACGGCGUGACGCGCGUCUGCGUCGCCGACUGCCGUGCCGUCAGCGAUGCCGGCGUGGCGCUGAUGGCACGCUCCUGCCCGGCGCUGCUCUGCUUCUCGGCGACGCGCUGCAAGCAGCUGACGGACGCCGCCGUGGGCAGCCUGGCGAGGCACUGCCCCGCGCUACGCUCGCUCAACCUCUCCAACCUCGACGCCAUCACCGACGAUGCACUGAGACAGCUCGGCGCCAGCUGUUCAGACCUGCGCGAGGUUCACCUGGGCCAGUGCUACCUGCUGACCGACGCCGGCAUCACAGCGCUGGCGCGCGGCUGCCCUCUCCUCACCAAGAUUUACCUGCUUGAGAAUCACCUGGUGACGAACUCCUCCGUGCAGUGCCUCGCCGAGUGCUGUCCACGUCUCCAGUACGUGGGGCUCAUGGGCUGCUCCGUCACCUCCAGGGGAGUGAGGCACCUUGCCAGGCUAGGCGAACUGGUGACCCUUGACCUGCGGCACGUGAGUGAGCUGGAUGGGGAGACGGUGAUGGCGCUGGUGAGGAGCUGUUCACGCCUCACCACACUCAACCUGUGCCUCAACCGCGGCAUCGAUGACAGGUGUGUGGAGGUGAUUGCGAAGGAGGGGAGAAACAUCAAGGAGCUGUACCUGGUGUCGUGUUCCAUCACUGACCAAGCGCUGCUUGUGAUUGGCCGCUUCAGCGCCAGCAUCGAGACGGUGGAUGUGGGCUGGUGCCAGGAGAUCACGGACCACGGCGCCAUCGAGAUCUCCCGCACGAGCCGCUCACUCGCAUAUCUGGGCCUCAUGCGCUGCGACAAGGUGAGCGAGGAAACGGUGGAGGAGCUGGUGCAGCGCUACCCGCGCAUCGUCUACAGCACCAUGCUGCAGGACUGCAAGCGCACGCUCGCGCGGGCCUACCAGCUCGGCUGGAAGCCCUCGGGCUCCGCGGGCUCUGCCCCGUGACCUCGUCUGCCCUCCUCCCCCCCCCGUGUGACCCAGCGACCCAAAGAACCAACACCCCCCCCCCCCCACCACCUCUCCGGCUUUACGGGGUCACGCCGCCCCUUCCCCGCCCACGACGCGUCUCCUCGCGCCGCGCCGGGGGGCGAGACGCGGAACCCAGAACGGACGCCGCCGAGGGGCGCCGUAUUCCGGGUUGCUCUGAACGCCUUCCCGGAGAGGUGGACUCCAGCAGGAGCGGGAGAAGAAGGGUCUGUGUGUGGACUGUGAAACGUGCCGACUCGUCCGUGACGGACUCAGGAUCCGGAGCGUGACGACUGCAAGCCACCUCGCGUUUCCUACCGGGGGCGGAGAUGGGGGAUGGGCGGGGGGAGGGAGAGAGAAAGUACCGGGACGGAGGUUUGCGAGUCGGCGUCCUCCCAUCCCCGCGGUGCUCUCCGCUACAGGGUAUUUAUUAAGCAAAAAAAUGUUAUCGUGUUUGCUUUUAGUUCGUGAGUUUUGUUGAGACGAUUAUGGAAUUCGCCGGUCUGAGGACUACCCAAGGCAGCAGCGGAAGAGCCUGGCGGAGGAGAGAGCAGGGUGGGGGAAGGGGCCUUGCAGGGGUGGCCGGCCGGCGGUGUGCAUGCCGGGGACGCGCAGAUGAACAACUCAAGAAGAAGCCAUGGCACACUUUCAGGAAAACGACUUUUGACGGGGGCGACGCGCGAUUAACUUUAAUUGUUUUUGGAACGAUGAAGCCAAAUCGUUCCUACUCGAGCAUCGCCCCACUUACACCCCCCCCCCCCCCCCGCGCUCAGGUGUUCAUCCGGACGGUGACGGCGACAGCGACGAAAACGCUGAGCUGAGCGUCGUCCGAGCGUCCCCCCCCCACCUCCACCAGGACUGGCUAAUGUCACCGCUCCACGACCGUGGCAACCCCAAAACAUGCGGGGGCGGGGGGGGGGGUGUACCCCUACUAUCCCCCCCCCUCCCACCCCAAUAACAUUGUGAUGCUGACAUUUUUUUAUGAAAACCACGAAGCGAUGAAACUUACGCUCAACGUUCGAUCGCCGAGUUUGCAUGUGUGUUCGUGUGUGCGCGUGCGUACUGUAUAGUGGGGGAGCGGUGGUGCAGCAUUUAGCGCACUGCGCUACGAACCUGGCGACUCGCGUUCGAUUCCAGCUCACGGC